AUGUGGGCAUCGAGUAGUAUGAUCAGUGAGAGCGGGUGCAGUGAAAGCUCUCGAGGCGUUCGCUUGGAACGCGACGCUGACAAACGACGUCUCACGAUCACGCAAGGAGUGGACGACGCGGACUCGUGCGUGCACCUAUCGGACCAGGAGAUCGUCACGGACUUGUUGGCGACUUUGCCAAAGCUCAAAGCUGCAGUCGAGGACCACGAGAACAAGGCGCCGAAUUGGCUCCGCAAGUCCAAAAGCGGCGAUGCAGUCGAAGUGUUUGAGCUCUUGCCGACGCACGACGGGAAAGGAGAUGACAUGGACAUUGUCCACUCUGUCGUCGCGACGAUCGAGAUUGAGUGCCAUUUGAAUGAGGUCCUGAACGUGCUCACGAGUCAUCGCACGAACCACGACUUGGAAGCGUCAAUGCGAGCCAUCAUUCCCAAGAAGAAAGUCCGACAGGGUCAAGUGUUGUUGCAGCCUCAUUCGACGACACUGGACGGAGCUCCUGUUCGUCAACCUCGUUGUAAGCAAAAGACCUUCCAGGGCGGAAGUUCCAUCAGGUUUGACAACACGAGCAUUCCUGAGAAUGAGGUCGACGACGCUGAGACCGAGCGCAAAGUGCUCGUAAGCGUCAGCAUGACACGGUUCAAGUCGAAACACCGGAUUGACCUGCAAGGUCGACUUCGGAAUCGCCAUCAACGGCUGCAGAAACUCUGCCUUGCGACGCUUACGCAUCAGUUUGCAGAUAACCAGCGUGCGGUGCACGUGAUCAAGACUCUGCCUCGAUUGGUGCACGACCAGCUUGCCCCUGUUGAAGAGAAGCACCAACGCCGAUCGGUACUUGGCAGUGGGUUGCGAGGACUCGAUCAUAUCUCGGUGGGCUUUGACAUCCAGACGAGAACCGUUCACUGUGUCGGGUCCCGAGGUGCUGUACAGUCAACUCGGAUCAUUGCGCACGGAUACGCUGCCAUCACUCCUCCGGAACAAUUCGGGCACUACCAGCAAAAGACCAUGACGCAGUACAGUCCGUCCGAGCUCGCAAACUAUCGCUCGUCUCGGAUCAACGCCGAAGCGAAGCACGUGAUUGAGCUUCUGACCACUUCGUUGCAGCAAUUCGAGCGUGUGAUCCGACGUCGACGGUUUGGGUUGCAGGCGUUCAUCAAGAUUCGACCGGGGGAUCGGGACGGUGGCGAUCGCCAAGGGUUCGAGUCUUGUGAGGUGUGCAAGAAGCGCUUUUCCUUGCUCCGACGUGAACUCUAUUGUCAGUUGUGCGGUCACGUGUGCUGUGGCGAUUGCUCCAAGCUGUACGAGGUCGAAGCAAGUGUGGGGGACGUCACGAAGAAGCGCAUGUGUGUCCGAUGCAUUGCCAACGUUGACUCGUGCAUCUUUGAAGACGAGGAGUUCACGACGGCAUUAGGUCCAGCUGUCGUCGAUGACGACGGGGACACGUAUGACAACGAGAGCGACCACGGGAGUGACUGUGGUCGAAAUCGUCGCUAUGAGAACGACACGAACGCAAGUAUCGGGUCGACCGUCGCUUGCUCGGAAUUUGAAAGCGGCGGCAGUCCAGAUGAUCUGCUGGCUGACCUGUAUUCCGAAAGCGCGUUGUUAGAGCACUCGAUGGCGUUGCAGGCACUUGAUCGGGUGGUGAACCCGCAAGCACAUGCAUUGAGGAAGCAGAAGUCACUCGAGCGGUCUCGGAUGACGCAGUCGCAACUGAGUCAAUCCCAAGUGCAGCUGAGCCAGUCGCAGUCGAAUGUCAAGCAGUCCCAGGCAUCUCACCUCACCCGAAGUCAGCUGAAUAUGACCCGCUUCAAAGAGUCCCAGCUGACGCAGUCGCAACUGAGUCAAUCGCUCUCGAGCAUGCAGCUCCAGCAGUCUCGACUGACUCCGAGUCAGCUGAAUCACCCCCGAGCGCGAGCCCGCGAUCAGCCGUCGAAUAGUCAAUUCAGCCACAGUCAACUGAGCAGUCAGUCCCGUUUCCAGCAGUCGCAUCUCGACGACUCGAUCGUCGCGCAACUGCGAGCGAACGUGGAAGACCACCUCAAACGCACAUUGCGAGCCAACUUGCAAGAGACGCGGCUGAAAUGCUCCGGUGCGGACGAGUCGCAGUUCUCAAUUGCACCGACCGAGCGGGACUACCAACUCGAGUUUGACGGUAGUCAGACCAUGUCUCCUUCCCACCCGUUACCGCCUAGGCCUUUGCCAGCUCAAGAGCGACGGAGACUGCACUAUGUGAUUGGCUCGGGUGCCUUGAGCCCUGCGUACGAUCGCAGUGCACUCAAUAUGCUGGCUCAAGUGGCAGCGACACAUUUGAAUUGCCCUAUUGGCUAUGUAACUAUGAUCGACCAGUCGACGCAAUACGUCGUGGGGCUCUACCCUCGAGGUGCUAUUGGCACGUCCAUCCCUCGAGAAGAAUCCAUGUGCUCGUAUACGGUUUACCACGAACGGCCGUUGGUGGUCAAAAAUGCUCUCAACGAUAUCCGAUUCAGUCACAUGGGCUUUGUGAGUCAAACUGGGCUACGAUUCUACGCUGGGUUCCCGAUUCGAGCACCCGAUAGUGCCGUAGUUGCCACGAUAUGUGCCGCGGACUAUAAGCCGCACAAGUACAUCUCGGCCAAGCAGUACGCGGAAAUGGAAGCAUUGGCAGAUCUAGCGGGGACGCUGAUCAUCACGCCUGAUAUUGAGAUCAAGACGGCUAAGCAAAAGCCCCAAGCGUUUCCAAGGCAUGUACGGAACCGUUGA